UGCCGUUUGGUAUUAAGUACCAAUCCAGCCAGCAUCCAUUAAUCAGCUAUCUGCAAUCAGCUAUCUUAAGCCACAAAAUGAAGUUCCUUGCUCUGAGUCUCGCCCUGAUCGCCGUCAUCUCCUGCUGUUUGGCCCUUCCGUUGGAUCUGGAGAAUGGUGAACCACUGACUUUGCUGGAACUGGAGGCGGAAGAGGAUCCCCAGGUGGAUGAACUGGAAGGCGGCCGUGUGGUUCGAGGAUUGGGAGGUCUGGGCGGACUUGGCGGCAAGUUUGGCGGCUUCGGGGGACUCGGUGGCCUGAAGGGAGGAUUCGGUGGUCUGGGACACGGCUUUGGCGGUGGCUUCGGUGGACAUGGCUUCGGCGGCGGCUUCGGUGGAUUGGGCAGCUUCAAAAGCCUCUUCAACAAGAAGUUCCGUUAAUGUAACAGCAACAAGAUUAUAUUAAGUCUAGCAUUUUCAUAAUAAAGUCUGGUUAAGUAAUGUUAAAA